AUGUCCAGCUCAGCCAUCCCGCCCCUCAAUGUUGGUGCCCCAGCCCCAGCGGCUCUGUCCCUUCUGCAACAGCACCUGUUGUUGGCUGAGGAGGAGGCUGAAGCUCUUAUUCCAGAUAUGGCUGCACUUGGGAUUUCCAGGGACCAAAUCUUGGGAUCUUCAGAAAGAAUGUGUGCCACUCAACAGCCUGUAAGUCCCCUGAAGAUGUGCUGGUUCCUUGGGGAUGAGGGCAUGCUGUGGCAACAGUGUGAUGCUCUGGUGUACAGGAUGACCGCAACAGAAUUAUGGCAAUUAAGUAGAAAAAGAAAUAUGAAAAUUGUGUGGAAAAUGUCAGAGUAGUUGAGCAGAAAAGCUCAUCUGAAGCAGCAGCUGGCAGCGCUACAGCAGGAGAGUGAGGAGGAGCAUCAGGGCUCCAGGAGCGACGUAAUAAGGGACCAACUUCAGCGGGCUUACCAGGAGGGAGACAAAGUUCACACAGAGGCGCCGGAGGCAGUGAAGGCAGCUACUGCUGCAAAGAUGGAUGUGGCUUUGGCUGCAGAGGAGCUGAAGAUUGUUGACUCUGUUGAAGCCAUGAAUUCUGAAAGCAAGCUUCUCCAGCGGGUUGAGGAGAUGGAGAGAGUGGUAGAGAUGGACAGGAGACGGGCUGUGCUGCUGCAGCUGGAUUGCCAGGCCUUGCAUGUGGAGGUCCAGACUAGCCGGCAGCUACUGGAGGAAGAAAAAGACAGAGGCAGACAGCUGGAGGAACACUCUCAGCGGCUCAAUGAACAGACAGAUGUUAUUCCUGUGGUAAAGCAACUGCAGGAGCAAGACCUGCUGCUGGAGGCAGCCAGAUGCAACAACCAGACUGAGCUGCAGGUGGCGCUAACAGAUAAAGUUAGCCUGCAGCUGGAGCUAGAGAAGCUUAAAGGCAAACAUGCACAGCUGCUGCAGAGCUCCUCCAUUGCAAAAGAAACAGCGGUCACUCAGAGGGAACUACUGGAGGGAACCAUUGAUAGGCUACGGAGGCAGCUGAGCGUGGCCAAAAAAGAGGAGGCAAUGAGGAAUAACCUGGAGAGUUCAAAAAAUGAGUUAUGUCUUGUUGUCACUAAGUUGGAGCAUGAGAGCAGAGGUUUGGAGACCCUACUUAGCGAGGCCAAGCGGGAGGUGGGGUCUCUGAGCUUGGCCUUACAGAGCCUUCAAGAGGAGAACAAUAUGCUCAUGGGAAAGUUGGCUGCUUUAGAGCAUAUGCAGCAUGCAGUGCAACAGGUGGGCCAGAUGCUGAAGGACCUAACUGACAAAAACAAGAACAAACUUAAGUGCCAAAACUUCAAGUCAGGAUCAUCUACAGACUUCACUGGAUAUAAAACUAAUAUUGUACACACACGUGUGUGUGUGUGUGCAUGCGCGCAAACCUUCCAGCUGGACUCCUUGCAGGAGGCCUUAGAAGCAGCCAGAGUGAACAACAGGAGGCUAGCCCAGAGUUUGGAGCAGGUUGUGUUGACCAACAGCAAAUUGCACAGCAAACUGGAGCAGUCCAGAGAGCAGUACCAGGCCACCAUGAGACUGAGAGAUGAAGAGCACCGCGAGGCCUGGACAAAGAUUAGUCAUUUGUGUGAAGAGCUGGGCGCUGUGAAGCAACAAACUAGAGGAGACUAUGAAUCUUCCAUGAAGACACUGCAUCGAAAACUGUCAGAGCUAAAAAUGACAGUUAAGGACUCGUCAACCGGGUCAGGUGACCUGUCCAAGGCUAAUCAGGAGCUCCGCCAACAGAUGUCUGAGCUGCAGAGACAGGUGUCCAAACAGAAAGCUUGUAUCAGAGAGCAGCAGAAGAGCAGAGAUGUACAGGACAACUCUCAUGAAGCUGAGGUAAUGUUACUUCACGGUGCACACAGUAAUAAUAAAGAUGUUGAAGGAGCACAACUGAUGAUGGCACACGACUUUCAGUGUCCCCUAAUGAUCACAAUGAAAUUUCAGCCUUUUCCAACCCAACAAGAUUACAGUUCUGGAGGAGACACUAUAUUUUGUGAAGCUUGA